GGGAUGGCUGUGAAAAAGCUAGGAAGUAAGAUAGCAGUGUGGAGCUCCGAGUUUUGUGUGAACAAGGUUUAAACCUGCAGCUUACAGAUUACAGAGGUGUUAUUUCCUAUCGCGGAUGUAUUUUUUUGUCAUUCGACCUCGCGCUUUGAUUUUGUUUACAGGACAGGUGAGCUGCUGUGUUCUUCCGCUGACCAGGUUUUAGUGGAGGCGCUGAGGACGAAGGGCAAGUGGCUUUUAACGCGCGGUAUAGAUAUGUGUCGUGAUGGAAUGACGGCAGAUUAAAGCAGGUGCUGUGUGACAUGUGGUGUGUUCUCGAGUGUCACGAUGAGCAUCUCAGAGAGCAAAAGCUCCACAGGCGUGUCCUACGUACUGAAGAUUCAUGUGAGUCCGUCCCUCAGUACACGUCCAUCCUGCACAGUCAGGGUGCGAAAGGGCACCACGGCAGCCCUGGUGGUGCAGCGCAUUGCUGAGCUACUUGAACUAGACUUAUCCCGGCCGUACGAGCUGAUGGAGGUGAGGGAACACUCAGGGGACAAACACAUCCUCCGGAUGGACGACUGUCCUGUGGACUGCCUGCUGCUUUGGCCUCAGGGACAUGAGGAAAGUCAGGGUUAUUAUUUCACCUUUCAGGAGGGCAAACAGGACACAUCAGGGCAGUAUGGCACUGUGCAGGACUUUCUCACACCCCAGCGUAAAGAUGUGAAGGAUCUGUGCAGCCUCACUGUGCUUAACGAGGCCAGUAUUCUAGAAACUCUACGCUGUCGGUUCUACAAGAACCAAAUCUACACAUACGCCAGUAACAUCCUCAUCGCCAUUAAUCCCUUCAAGUUCCUCCCCAUCUACAACCCCAAAUAUCUGCAAAGGUACGAGAAUUGCAUUCUAGGGAAAGAAGAUCCUCACAUCUUCGCUAUAGCGGAUGCUGCAUUCCAUGCCAUGCUGAACAAACAGACCAAUCAGUGCAUUGUCAUCUCUGGAGAAAGUGGCUCGGGGAAAACGCAAAGCACCAACUUCCUCAUCCACUGUCUGACUGCACUGAGCCGGAAGGGGUGCACCAGUGGUGUGGAGAGGACCAUCUUAGGAGCUGGACCAGUACUUGAGGCAUUCGGGAAUGCAAAGACGACAUAUAACAACAACUCGAGUCGCUUUGGGAAGUUUAUCCAGGUGAAUUUCUUGGAAGGUGGAAUCGUUAGAGGAGCUACAAUAGAGAAGUACCUGCUGGAGAAAUGUCGUCUUGUCUCCAGGAAGAGCCGAGAAAGGAACUAUCAUGUGUUUUAUUACCUGCUUGUCGGAGCGUCUCAGGAAGAAAAAGAAGAGUUCAAACUGUUAGAACCUGAAAAUUAUCACUACCUCAAACAGGAUCAGGCUGAUGUGGAUGAUGCAGCGGAGAUUCGAUAUGAGUUUAAGAGACUUCAGCAGGCAAUGGAGAUGGUUGGUUUCCUGCCUGCUACCAAGAAACAAAUAUUCUCUGUGCUUUCCGCUAUUCUGUAUCUGGGAAAUGUGACAUAUGAGAUGAGAGCAGAUGGAGAUGGAGUGACCGUGGGACCCGCACCCGUCCUCAAAACUCUGUCUGAACUGCUCAAGGUGAGAGAGGAUCUGCUAAUCAAGGCUCUGACUCAGAGGAAAGCUCAGACGGUGAACGACGUGCUCAUGCUGCGCUACAGCCUCAAUGAGGCAAUCACGGCGCGAGACUCGAUGGCUAAAUCUCUGUACAGCUCACUGUUUGACUGGAUCGUCCUCCGCAUCAACCACGCUCUCCUCAACAAGAGAGACAUGGAGGAGGCUGUCCCGUGUCUCUCUAUCGGUGUGUUGGACAUUUUCGGGUUUGAGGAUUUUACAACCAACAGCUUUGAGCAGUUCUGCAUUAACUACGCUAACGAACAGUUACAGAAUUACUUUAACCAGCACAUCUUCCUCCUGGAGCAGGAGGAGUAUGUUUCGGAGGGAAUAAGCUGGACCUCAGUGAGCUACACAGAUAAUGUUGGCUGCAUUAAUCUGAUCAGUCAGAAGCCCAUGGGUCUGUUGUACCUGCUGGACGAGGAGAGCAGUUUACCUCAUGCGACUGACAACAGGCUGUUGGAGAAGUUUAAGCGGCAACAUCAGGAGAACCCUUUCUUUGUUCCUACACCAGUUCUAGAGCCCGCCUUCGUCAUCCAACACUACGCUGGCAACGUCAAAUACCAAAUAAAGGAUUUCAGAGUGAAAAACACGGACCACAUGAGGCCCGAUAUCGUCGCUCUCCUUCGCAGUAGUGAACGAGGCUAUCUGAGACAGUUAAUUGGCUUAGACCCAGUCGCAGUGUUCAGGUGGGGGAUCCUCCGUGCCAUCAUACGCGCAGUGUACGCCAUUAAAGGGGCGAGGCGACACUCGGCCACUGAACAUCCAGCGACAGUAAGGCGAUACUCACGUGACUCGCUGAAGGAAAUGAAGAGACCGAGCUCCACCAUUGGCCGACUAAUGAGUCAGCGUUCUCUCAUCGAGUUCUCCUUUGACCGUUCCGAGGAGAACCCUCUCGAAAUGUUGGAGGACGUUUUUGCCACAUUUGAGAAUAAAAAGGAAUUGCAUGCCAAAAUCCUCCACACUGUAAUGCGAUUAGGUGGUGAAGUUCCUCAAAAGUUUCGUCUCUCCACCGUUUCUGUGAGGAAAUUACAACAGUUUUCUCUGAAGAGCCGGUCUGGUCGUCACAAACAGAUCAUUCCCAAGAACCUUUUAGACUGUCGCUGUCUGAAGCUCAUCAUGGAUUUGAAUCUUCACAACAGUGACACUCGCGCUUUACUCCACCUGCACAAGAAGAAGAAACCUCCCAGCAUCAGUAGCCAGUACCAGAUGUCUCUGGUGAAGCUCUUGGAGACACUGAGGAGAGCUGAGCCAUUCUUCGUACGCUGUAUCAGGUCCAAUACUGAGAAGAGGGAAAUGCAAUUUGAUGAUGAUCUCGUCCUUCGGCAGCUGAGGUACACUGGCAUGUUGGAGACGGUCCGCAUUAAGAGAUCAGGUUAUGGAGCCAAGUACACUUUUAAGGAGUUCAGGGAUGAAUUCAGGAUCCUGCUGCCAAGACAGUCGUCUUCUCUUCAGCAGGAUAUCAAGAACCUUCUGUUCAAAAUCACAGUGGACAAGAACAACUUCCAGAUCGGCAAGACCAAGGUAUUUUUAAAGGAGAUGGAGAGACAGAAGCUCCAGGACACACUGCGUAAGGAAGUGAUGCAGAGAAUCCUCCUGCUGCAGCGCUGGUUUCGGGCAUGUCUCACACGCAAACACUUCCUGAUGAAGAAGAGAGCCAUCAUCACUGUACAGAGGUCAUGGCGAGGUUAUCAAGUGUCUACCCAGUGCAGAGCGGCCAUGGUGAUCCAGAAAGCCUGGAGAGAAUCCCGUGAGAGAGCCGAGUAUCUGCGCCAGAGAGAGAGCCUGAAGAACCUGCAGCAGCUGAAACAGAGCUCAGAGAACCGCAGGUGUCUGCAGGAGGAGCAAGUGAGUAGGGCAGAAUGUGUUAAGGGCACUUCAGGAAGUGAGGAUAGCAAGAAUGAGACGGCGCUGCCACGCCCUGAUGGUAAAAUAAAGCCACUGCCACCAAUACCGACCCAAACGUCAGCAGAGAACGAGCAUGUGAAGAACCUCAGAAAUGCGCACCAGCAGAACCGAGGCAGCGUCCCGGAGCAGAGAGAGAGACGAGAGAACGAGGAGACAGACAGAGACACGUCGGUACUUGCAGCUCCGCUCCAACCUGACUCUCUCACUGAUCCAAAAUCAGAUGACGGUCUCGGCAUGUUGACACUGCAGCGCUCCAAACCAGCCAACAUGAAGGAGAAAGUGGAGAAGUGGAGAGAGCGAAGGAGUGACAUUGUGGUUUCAGACAGAACCCACCACGAGAACCACAUGAUUUGCAGUUUAAAGGCUCGAGGACUCUCAAUGUCCCUGGAUAAUUUGUCCAAACUGAGCUCAUCUGAAUCGGACAGUACAUCUCCAUCCAACACUGAGGUGACGCUGCGUAGACGUAGGCGCUCAAGACACAAGCGCCGAUUGGCUCACGCUCGCAGCGGCCUCAUGCUGAAAGGCACAGAGGAGUGUGAGGAUUACUGGAUUUUCCCACUUCCUCCCUUCAGCCCGGAAAACUCGUUUCGGUCCAGUGCCCCUGUGGUGCUCGAGAAAACCCAGCUGCCUGAUGGAUCAAAAUUGAGUGUGAUGCAGAGCCCAAGUGAAGCCAUACACUCACAGCAAUCCGCUCCAGAAAAAGGAGGAUUUUUUGGUCGGUAUUUCCCUCUGGGUAACAAGAAACGUCUCACUCCACAAGACGGAAAUGUGACGAUGGCCAGGACACUCGCUGAGAGAGAAGAGCACUUUAAGAGGUCGAACAGUAACUCCCCCACAUCGGCAUAUCCAUCCUCACUGGCCAAGCGUAAACGUCAGAGUAUUAAGAUCAGCCGUGGAACACGAGUAAGGGAGCAGAGUAACGCCUCACUCAACCGCCAGAUCACCGACGCUACAGAACUGCGCCAUCUCGACGAGUUCCUAGGAAAUCAGAUGAAUGAUCUACAGUCCAGGGCUAAGUCUCUAUCAGAGACGGAGGUGAUUUUCUUCACGGCCACGACGCAGUUCAGAGACACAAUUAAAAGCAUGUACUCACUCUCGAACCCUCAGAUCAGUUACAAAGGCCUGCUGCAGGGAUAUAAAACUAAAGUGGCAAGUUUAGCUUCACAGAAGAAGAAGGAUGAGGUGCCACUGGUGGUGAAUUUAUUCCAGUCGGUGCUGGACGGUUUUAUCAGAGCCGAGAUUAAACGAGUGUCAUCAGAGUCUGACCUCACCAAGCCCACAAAAAAGAUGAAGAGGAUGCGAGAGAAUGAUAAGUGUCCUGACAGCCCCCUGGAUCACUCGUUCUGUACAUACCAAGUUAACAUCAUUCAGUCAUGUGACAUGUGCGGCUCGUUCAUCUGGGGCAUGGAGAAAGCCUGCAUGUGCAGUGUGUGUAAGAUGGUGUGUCACAGGAAGUGUAUGAUUAAGAUAAUAACCCACUGCUCCAAGCAUGUGGAUAAGAAGACUGAAGCAGGUAAAGUCACUCUGUACUUCGGCGUGCACUUGCCCACUCUGACCAGCAGGGCAGAGCCAGUGCCCUGUGUGUUGGAGAGGAUGUUGGAGCAUGUGGAGAUGAACGGACUCUACACUGAGGGAAUUUACCGCAAAUCAGGCUCCACCCUCAAAGCUAAAGAGCUCCAUCAGCUGCUGGCCACGAGUCCUCAGAGUACCAGUCUGGAUAAUUAUCAGAUCCACACAGUUACAGGUCUGAUUAAGUGCUGGUUACGGGAGUUACCUGACCCUCUGAUGACCUUUAACCUCUACAACGACUUCCUGUACGCCGCCGAUGUGCCAGAGAAAUCGGAGAGGCUGCGAGCUAUUUACAGGAAGAUAGAGGAACUUCCUGCUCCAAACUACACCACGCUGGAACGCCUUAUCUUUCACCUAGUAAAAGUGGCGAAAGAGGAGGCUCAUAACCGGAUGUCUGCUAAUGCUCUGGCCAUCGUGUUUGCUCCAUGUGUCCUGCGCUGUCCUGACGUCUCCGACCCACUGCUCAGCGUGAGAGACCUGCCCAAGACCACAUUGUGUUUGGAGGUUUUGAUCCUGGAACAGAUGAAGAGAUUUGAUGAGAAGAUGAAGGAGAUACAGCAGCUGGAACAUGCCGAGGCUCUUGCAGUUAAACAGCUCACACUGCGCAGACAGAACACGGUCCUGGAGAACCCGAGGGGGAAAGCGGACAUGUCUCAGAUGGGCAGAUCAGAUUCGGACAUGGAGAACACGCUGCUUGAGAGGAUCCGAUCUAUAAAGCAUGAGAAGAGUAAACUGGCCUACAGGCUGCCGGACCUGGACAGCUCUGAUAACGAGAACCUGGACUGUGAGAGCACAGUGAGCUUGGAGAGUCCCCUCGAGGACAAAAUCACUCACCUGGACCUGAAAGGUCAGCGAAGUGCGAUGGAGCCGCUAAAGCUUGCAGAAGAGAAAACUCCAUGUGAUCUCAGAACUCAGAGACGAGGCGGCGCUCAGUCCACGUGUGUUGUCCAAGAUGGCCGCCGAGAUUUAAAACCGAGCAGACGGUUCAUUGACCUCGACAUCCCCUUUAUAGAUGACGACGUUUAGCAUCUGAACAUUCAGGCGUGUAGCGUUAGUCACUGUACCAACAUGUGCAAUAUUGUUAGCAUGGAUUGUUUACAGAUGAGAGUUUGCCAAAAGUGCAUAGAUAACAAUUUUCUUUAUACUCAUUUACAGUCAUCAGUCAUAUCUGUGUGCAGAUUUUGCCAGAAGUUAUUGCCUUGGUUACGUUUAGCUAAUUAACAGUGCACGACCUGGCUGGUGUGGAGAGCAUGGUGGUUCCCCUGACAAGCUAGCUGGCAUUAUAGUAGGAGCUAAAUAUUUAGCUAGCUAACUGUUUAAAAAAAUAAUAAUAAUAAUUAUGUAUUCAAUUAUAGCUAGGUGUAAUGUUGUCACUGGAAGAGCUAAAGUUGCUGAAUAAUUAGCAUUGUUAUUAGAAUCAGUGUACAAAAUAAAAAUAACAGCGCGGAAACUCAACAGUGUAACUCGAAUGCAGUUCUCAAAGAUCACAUUGGACUUUUACAACAUGACCUAAUGAAGAACCCUACUGACAUUGUGUGCUUAAUGCUAGCUAACAUUAGUUAGUUAGUUAGCUGAAUUCCAAAAGAGAUGCAGCUAAAACUGUUCAGUAAACACAGUUACAGACGAGCAUGGACAUUUUAAAUACAAAACCAUGAUCAUAUCAUAAACGCUUAUCGGUGAAUAUCACGGAAGUGUAAUAGUGGCGUGUUCUUAGCACGCUAUGGCUAAUCAGUAAGAGAAGAGUUAACUCAUGCUAGUAGUAAAGUUUCGGAAUUUUAAAAAUACUUGAUGUUGCGAUAGAUUACGAAAUUCCUACAGAACCCUGCUAACGUCCUUAUGUGAUAAACAAUAAUAAUAAUAAUAAUAAUAAUAAUAAUAACAGGAUUUUUAACAUGAGGGAACCAAAUCAUCUAGUUGUAGCCACGUCUUAAUAAAGCGUGACCACUGUGGGGCUGGAGCGUAUAUACGGGGUUUUAUGGUAAAUACCAGCCACUCGGUGGGGAAACGCUGACACUCGCCUGUUUCUGACAUACACCUUAAAGGUUUACGUUCUACAUUUGAUUUUUAAUGGCGUAAUUUUUAUCAGGAAUACAGUAUUCAUUUUGCACAAAUGAAUCCAGUACACAUCCAGUACAGCGACUCCCAAGCUAGGGGAAAUGUACUGGGAUUCAGACAAGCCGCAUUUACAUGGAUAGUGUACGUGAUAUUUUAGCCCUUUUGACUCUCCUGAGACGCUCCAGUAGCGCUGUGUCUCAAAGCUCACACUUACAUACUAUUGUAGAGCGUUGUUGAGCACUAACACUAACCGGGUUUCCUGUUGCAGUUAGUGUUUGAGUUUUAAAAUAUCUCUCUUUCACACACACACAUACAUGUCGCCUUCAAACCUACUGAAAGCUCUGUUUUGUGUACCAGCCUUCUGGAUUUUCUACAUUAGUAAAUAUAUUUGAAUGCAACAGUUUCUGAUUCGAGACAAAGCUCAUGACAACAAUCACGAAGAUGGCGGAAGGUUUUAAAGAGAAGCACGGAGCUCGUCAGUGGGUUUAACAUCGCUGUGCAGGAAAUCACUUUUUACAGUUCGAUUCAGAAACCUGAUGUACAGGGAUGUUUUGGAUCUGACAUGCAGUCGAGUGGACGUGGUUUUUCAAUGUUCUGGAUAAGAUACGCAGCGAGUGUGUGACUGAUGCCAUCGCAUUACCGCUGCUUUUACCCGCGCACGCUGAAUCAUGCGCCAAGUAUAAACCAGGCUCCAGGUUACCUCUGCAUGGUAAACCCGGCUGGUUUUUACCGUAAAACCCCGUAUAUAUACAAACUCCAGCUCCACAGCAUUCACGCUUCUUUAAUACAUGGCUAUAACUGAAUGAUCUCGUUUCCUCCUGUUAAUAAAUCCUGUUAUUUUUAUUAUGUAAUGACGUCACCAGUAAGGCAACCUCUUUUUUUUAUUUUAUUUUAUUUUAUUUUUUUAUAUUUUUAACACUGUCUUUUUUACAGAUUAGUAAACUAACCCACACUGGAUUUUAUAUAUAACGUGUUCCACAGAUGAACGCUAAUAUGAAUUUAUUAAUGAGGAGAGAAGGAUUUAAUGAAACGCUUCACAAGAGUAUAUACACAGAAUGUUCACGUGUGUCGUCAUUAUACAACACAACAAGGUCCUGUGCGUAUAAAUAUCGCGGUCAUCAUCUGUUCUCCAACAAUAACGCCAUGUGUUAGUGUCCUCAGCAACCGUGUGUAAAUUCUCUCUCUCUCUCUCUCUCUCUCUCUCUCGGAAACAUAUAUGUUAUGGAAAAUAAAACUCAAUACCAUCAGAAUCAUUUCAAACAAAUAUCUUUAUUCGAGUGUUUAAUUUAGAUUUAUUUAAUUUGUUAACAUCACCGUGUUAGGAAAUGCUGCCUGCUGUACAGGUUACGUUUAAAACCGAUAAAGAAAUGAUAAUGAGUUUCUAUAUUUACAUGUUUUCAUUUAAAAAAAAAAGCUUUUAUAUACACAGGUAAACAAAAAAGUGCAUUUGAGCAUUCUUUAUAGUAUUUUGUUUGGUCAGUUCUAAGUCACUUUUUAUAGAAAUUACAGCUUUCACAGGAAAUAAAACUAACAUUUGCAAUAUAACUAACUUUUAAAAUGUAAAAUAAUCGUUAACUUGAUUAAAAACACUCACUAUUUGAUGA